AUGGCCACAAAACGAACAGCAGACGAAGAACCCCUAAACGAAAAUGAUCUUUGGAAUUUUGUUUGUUUGGGUGGUGGAAGUGAAGUUGGCCGUAGUUGCCACAUUUUCACAUACAAAGGCAAAACUGUGAUGCUCGAUGCUGGUGUUCAUCCUGCAUACAGUGGAAUGAACUCACUUCCAUUUUAUGAUGAUUAUGAUCUUUCUACAGUAGACAUUCUUCUCAUUAGUCAUUUUCAUUUAGAUCAUGCGGCCUCGCUCCCAUACGUUAUGGAACGCACAAACUUCCAGGGGCGAGUAUUUAUGACACAUCCAACCAAGGCCAUUUACCGGUGGCUUUUAGGAGAUUUCGUUCGUGUCAGCACAGGACCUGAUUCUAAUCAUACACUAUAUACCGAAGCCGAGCUUUCGUCGUCGUUUGAUCGAAUUGAAACUAUUGAUUACCAUUCAACAAUGGAAGUGAAUGGUAUCAAAUUCACAGCAUACCAUGCCGGCCAUGUGUUGGGUGCUGCAAUGUAUUUGGUGGAGAUUGCAGGUGUUAAGACACUUUUUACGGGUGAUUAUUCUCGAGAAGAAGACAGACAUUUAAAUCAAGCUGAAAUUCCGGCACAGACACCAGAUAUCUUAAUCACAGAAUCGACAUAUGGAACGGGUAUUCACCAGCAGCGUCUUGAAAAGGAGGCGCGUCUGACAUCUCUUAUCCAUUCUACAAUCAAUAAAGGUGGUCGAUGUUUAUUACCAGUAUUUGCAUUAGGACGAGCUCAAGAGAUUCUAUUGAUUUUAGAUGAAUAUUGGGAGGCACACCCGGAGCUCGAAGGUGUCAACAUUUAUUAUGCUUCAGUACUUGCACGUAAGUGUAUGGCUGUAUUCCAAACAUACGUCAAUAUGAUGAACGAUUCUAUUCGCAAAAAGUUCCGCGACAGUCGGACGAAUCCAUUCCAUUUCAAGCAUAUCAAGAGUAUCAAGAACUUGGAUCGGUUUGAUGAUAUUGGACCCUGCGUGAUGGUUGCGGCUCCCGGUAUGCUGCAAAAUGGUGUUUCUCGUGAACUUCUUGAGCGUUGGGCCCCAGACUCUCGCAACGCGUUAAUUUUGACGGGUUAUUCCGUGGAGGGUACCAUGGCGAAGCAGAUUAUCAACGAGCCAACGGAGAUAGUUUCGAUGAAUUCUUCGGAAAAUAAGAUUGCUCGUCGACUUUCAGUUGAAGAGAUUUCGUUUGCUGCACAUGUUGAUUUUAAACAGAAUUCUACAUUUAUUGAUUUAAUUAGCGCCAAGUACAUUAUUCUUGUACAUGGCGAAACAAACAACAUGAACCGACUUAAGAGCGCAUUAACAAGUAAAUAUAACUCGCGUAAGGGCACACCUGAGGAGGUUACCAUUUUUAAUCCUCGCAACUGCGAGGAACUACAGCUUCAUUUCCGAAGCACCAAGGUGGCCAAGGUAGUUGGUGAGAUUGCAACUGCGACGCUUAUUGCUACUGCGGCAGCAACUAAUGGACAGUUAUCAGUCAUUGACGAAAAGAAGCUGGCUAUUAGUGGUAGUGGUGGGGUUUCUGUGCCACCUGUAACGAUACCUAAGGAUGGGCAAGUACUUACUGGUAUUCUUGUGGAGAAGGAUUUCCAUCUGAGUCUUGUUGGUGCCAGUGACUUGAAGGAAUAUACGGGUCUGACAACGAGCAUUGUGAUGGAGCGCCAGUCAAUCAUAGUGAAUGCCGGAAGUGAUUUGAUUCGGUUCCACUUGGAGCAAAUGUUUGGCAACAUAGAAGUGCUUGUGGACGAAAAGGACAAGGUGGAGUUUAAGGUGAUGGAUGCAGUUACAGUUAUACACAGCAAGAAUCUUGCCACAAUAGAGUGGGUUGGAAACAUUAUGAAUGAUGCGAUUGCAGAUGCUGUUCUUGGGUUAUUGCUUUCUGUGGACUCGUCACCAGCGUCUGUAAAGCUUUCUUCCAAGUCAUGUUCACACAGUCAUGGGGAGCACGGCGGUCACGAUCCAUUUAUCGAAAAGGUUGAGCAAGUGAGUGCGAUUUUGAGGGCACAAUUUGGUGAUUCGUAUACGCUUGCGGAGGACCAUCGGACGGCAACAAUUGAGAUUGAUGCCAUGAAGGCAGUGAUUCAUUUUGAAAGUCUUACUGUAGAUUGUAAGGCCAAGACGUUGUUGCAGCGGAUUAUUCACGUUUUAGAUCGUGCAUCUUAUACGGUGUCUCCCUUGGUUGGAGAGCCACGGACAGUGAAGAAGGAGACGACGGUUAAGGUGGAGGAAAUUAAGGUAGAGGUGGUUAAGGUGGAGGAUGAAAAAAAGCCAUUUGUGAAAAGUGAAGUGAAGGAAGAACCUGGUAAACAAGAAAAGUAA